CAACUUAUUUUUAUUAUUUUUACUUUUUUGUAUUUCCCAGCGCUGAGUAUCAAAACUGGAAUAUGCAAUUUCACUAUUACUACUCCUGGUCUGUUUGCGUGUGAAAAGGUUUCCUUUGAGAAGCCUUUCAAUGGCAGGCAGGAUGUGAAAGUUUUCGUUUCCAAAAGCCACACAACAAAGAGUUAUAGUGGAGGAGAUGGCGCGGCUAUUUGGGUGGAAUCUGUGGAUAAUAGAGAAUUUACAGUUUGUGUUUUGAAGUACGGAGAUGGUUCUAGUGGGACUACGAAAGUGAACUGGAUGGCGUUGCAAUCUGUUCCUGUUGGCGCUCAACUAGACACCGUCUCGUUGGAUUCUUGGACUAGUGGAGAAAAGUGUAAAAGGAUCGCCUUCGAAAAGGUUACCUCUGUUUCCCCUUUGCGUUUUCGUUAGUUAAUAGUUCUUACUAGUUUAGGUAUUUCUGUUUGCUCAAACCUAGACACAAGAUUUCACUACGUUAUUUUUUGAGCUUUGCUUGACUAAGUGGCUUUAACUUCCUCUUUCUUUAUUUAGCUCGUAAGAGCUGCAGACUUUCCAUUUGACUUCUUCCUUAUAUCUUUAAGUCAUGCGAUAUAACAUUGUUGCAUUAUAUAAUACGAUUCUUUAUUUGUUUACCAAGAUCUGACAUAUAUUGCUACCUCUAUUUUUUCCAUCAAAGUUAUCUUGCAAUCUGUUCUCCACUUUUCUUUUAUUUCAAUUUUUUAUUUACAUUUAUACAUCUUUAAAAAGGUUUAACAAUCUUCAUAUUUUUUGCUAAUUUUUGCUUUAAAAAAUUUAGUGAGAAAGUCUCUAUUUCGAUUCCUUUUGUUUCUACGUUGCCAAAUUCAUGAUUAUCGUUUUAUUUGCAAAUUCUCUGUGUUUAAUUCGUAAAACUCUUCUUAGGUUUUUAUCUGCACUAGAAAAUUCCAUCCAGUUUGCUUCUUUCCAGUUCAGAAUGACUUUUUCUAUCACAUUUCCAUCGUUUUAUAUCAUAUCCUUGUUUGUUUAAAAAAGAAAUGUUAUUGAUUAUAUAUUUCCUUGUCUUUUACUUUUUCAGCGUUUCUCAAUUCCUCCGAGCAUCUAUGUAACAGCUCGUCACCAAAUUCUCAAGAGACCUCAGGACGCCUUAGCAUUGUGGGUAGAGGAUGUACGCAGGGACAGUUUUAAGGUUUGCCUCAGGGAAACGAAGAUUUUUGAUGGUCUGCAUAAAAACAUCAAGGUGGUAAGUGAAUUCCUUUUGUUACCUGUUACAUGUUUGAAAGUAGACUCACACGACAACCAAGCGGUUCCUCCCCUGCUGCAACUUACAUGGGCUGUGCUCUAGCAGAACCCAGUCGUCCCUGGCGCUCUACCUUUGCUCUUUGCCUACUAGGAAAUCGUAGCUUUUUUCAUAGAGAUCCUAUGUUGGGUACCCUGUGAUUUACACAGUUCAGAUGGGCUCCCUUCUCUUAGAAACAACCUUGACUUGAGAAAGAAUAUAUUGAUAACAUUGUUAAUACUUUUUCACUUGUCCUUCAGGACUGGAUAGCAUUUGUUAAGCUGAUGACGCUGAAUUCUACCUUGAUCCAUGGUCUUGUAACAACAAAGAAUAACUCACCACUAAACAAGCAAAAAAACAACGCUAUCUGUCAGGUAAAGUAACUAAUCAACUACACUGUUCUGGUUUCUCAGUCACUUAUAUUCAUAAAUAGAUAAUCUUUCAUAAGUUCAUGGAGCUCUAAUGUUGUUGUCGUCAACUAUUUGAACAACAUUUAUGUCUCCUCCCCGGUUUACUAAAACACUAACGAUAAACCCCCCUUUAACGCUGCCAACAGCCGAGCUUUGUUUGCUAGAGCACCUAACUUCAACAACAACAACAACAGAAGCUUUAUUUGCAUGACUAUAAUUAUGUAGUUACAGUAUUGCAAAAGCUUUAACCUAAAAAAACAAACAAACAAACAAACAAACAAAUCAUGACAAUGAUAAUGCAAUGCAAUGAUUACUAUAGUCAAUAAAGUGUCAUCAGCCUGAUUUGAUAACAAAUUAUUACGUAAAUCAUUACAUAAUGAGGCAAAUUUCAACAAAUGUGAAUUUACGGAAAAAUUCUGUGAAUUCAUCAAUUUAAUUAUUAAUUCUGCUUAAGAUAGCUGAUUAAAGUCGACAAAAUUUUGUUGGAUUUGAUUGUAGAAUUUCUCCCUUGGGAUUGAGUAUUUUGGACAAUGGAAGAGAAAAUGAAAUUUGUCUUCAGUUAUACCAGAGUUACAAAUAGGACAGAAUCUAUCGUUGCGGGAAGUUUGAUUAUAUCUUCCAGUUUCAAUCAUGAGUUUGUGGUUACUUAUACGAAUUUUCACUAAAUCUUUCCUAUUAGCAGAAUUUCUAAUUAAGUCUAGAUAACUUGAAAUUUUAUAAUCAUGUUUAAAUAAGCUGUAAAAUUGUAGUUUCUUAGAAUGAUGGAUUGUAUGUUGCCAAUAUGCAAUAUAUUUUUGUUUUAUUAUAUCUAUAUAGUGUUUGAUCUUAGCUUCACUUAAAUUAUUAGGAUCAAAAUCAGGGAGGUCAUAAUAUUCAGAUAUUUUCAUAAGAUUAUGGUAAAAGCUAUUUUUACCAUUACAGUGAAGUUCUAGCGAAGUACGAAAGGCUUGUUUAACAAUAGUAUCCUCGUUUUUACGCAGAAGAUACAAUAUGUAAUAAAGGAUGUUUUUAUAAAUAUUAAUAAUUAAUGACAACCGUCCUAAUUCACCUCUACUUGCAACAUUUGAAGCUUUAUUGCUUAUUUCUAGGUAACGCUUGCAAAAUUUCAAGUGGGUUUUUUCAAUUGGGGUAUUGUCCCAAGCUUUAAAAUCAUGUUUUACAUAUACACCCCAAAUUUCGCUAUUAUAUGAUAAUAUUGGGGAAAUCAUCGUUUCAAAUAUUUUGCAAGCAAGAGAAGGUUUUAAUUUGCUAAAGUUUGUGUGUUAUUGUAAGAUAAUUCAAAGUUCACAUUCGAGAGCCUCUAAGCCUUUGAAGCCGCAAUCGACCCCCACCCCCCAAAAAUCCAUGCAUUAAAAAAAUUGGAAGGGGAGACAUAAAAUUUUUUAUUUGGUUCCAAAUAAACUCAUAUAUCAUAUACCGCAUAUGUGUAGAAAAUCUUAAUAACGCUGAUUCUUUUCUUGUUUUUUUAGAUCAUAAAGUUCACUGAUGCUUUCUAUGCCCCUCCGAUAGUAAUGGUUUCACCAAGACUCAGUUAUCAUAACAACAACUCGCGUUUCUCGGCUUCCGGAACUUGUAACGCAGUUACUGCGUGGAUUCAGGUAACAUAUAUGAAACUUGGAGCCAUUUUUCCUAGUCCAUUGCGUCCUUAGGCUGACUUCUUAUCUAUCCCUUUCAACUUACUUUUAGCAUUGUCUCUGUUUCAAUUUUUCAUGUCUUUUAAGGAGUCUAAAAAAGUCUUUUUUUGUUUUGUUUUUUACCAAUUUUUCCAACCAACCUGUGCACGCCACGGUUUCGCUUUCUAAACGUAGUGACAUAGCAGUUAAAGUAAGAAAAUACCUGAUGAUGCUUAAUGAUUGAUAAUCUGAUACUUCUAAUGAUUGUGUCUAGCAUACCUUUACAAACGAAACCGAGGUGUGUAUGAGAAGAUACAGCAAUAACGCCAAUUAUAAGGACAUCGUACAACUGGAUUACCUGGUGAUUGGAGGUACGUAAACAAUAUGUCAAAACCUUGGUAAAGGCUGUAUGCUCAGUGUAUCAAGUACAUUUAUGACAUGAAUCUUUUGAAGUUGUUUCAUGGAGAGCUUUUUUUUCUCUAAUUAAUGCUAUUUUUUGUUGUCUCUAUUUUGGGGGAUUGCAGAUCUGGUUGACUGAAAGAACAUGUUACUACUAUAAUUUCGUCGCAAUAAUUUUGUAUAUUCAAGAAAAUGAAAUUUUUUUAAAAACUUUUAAAGUCUAAAUUUCUUUGGCACCCUGGUUUUCCUGAUCAUGAAAUUAACAGGCUCAUAUGUGAUGUCAUAGGACAAAAAUUCAGGAACUGAAAAACGGGAUCAUAUGCAUUCUUAUCUUUUUCUUAGAGUCCUUAUUGGCACCGUAAAGCAGUUUCAGCUUGUAAAUUGGACGAAAUUUUUGUAGAAUCUAUACUUGUUUUCUUGCGUCUAAAGUCACGUGUUCCUUAAUUUACGUUAUAGUUUCUUAAUCUACGUCAGAGCUCCUUUGUUUCCGAGAGGCAUCCGAGUGAAGACUUGCACGAAUGGUGUGCCAAAAUGGCGGUAAAUUUGAACGUGUCAAAAAAUACUCUUUAAUAACAUUGUGUUCCAGGCAUUUUUUUUUCGCGCACGCUCUCAUAGUAAUGUGCAUUUUCAAUUCUAAAAAAAAUGAUUUUUAAGGUAUGGGCACGUUAAAUCUAAUCUGUUGUAAUUUGCUUAAUUAUCUUCAGACUUGGAUCCCUGCAUAGACGUUAAGUGUUAUUAUCACAGCUUCUGUAAGGCGUUUGGACCCCAUGAUGCACACUGUGUAUGUGUGAAUAGCUGCCCAUCUUACAAAGAACCCGUUUGCUCAUCAAAUGGCACAACAUACGACAACAGAUGUUUGUUUGAAAGAGAAGUUUGUCUACAUCGACUAAACUUAACCGUGCAACAUCCUGGUAGCUGUGAAGGUUAGUACAGUUGUUUUUAAAUGUGUAAAAAGUGAUUUUUGUUUUUAUUAGAUUUCAGUAUUAAUCCCUUAGCGAAUUUUUCGAAUGAGCUAUUUACUUACCCAUGUAAUCUGGAGGGAAAACGGCGAUAGAUGCGUGACUUUCCGGAAGUACAGAAUUUUACGUAAUUAUGCUAAAACGUUUGACAGGAGCAAUGCUAAUAAGAAUACUGGUCAGAAAAAGUGGCGGGUUAAGCAUUUUCAGUUAAUACUCAACGCUAAUAUUUGUUUUUUAUAUAUAUGUAUCACUGAAGCAAAUUUAAAACUGAUUCUUCUUUCUGAGAUUAGUAGUAGUAGCAGCAGCAGCAGCAGCAGCAGCAGUAGUAGUAGUAGUAAUAGUCGUAGAAGUAGUCGUCGUUUGCAUUUCGUACUCGGACGUAGCUCUGCCUAACAUAUCUGGAUAACCUUUCCUGGAGUUAUAUUUUUUUUAAGCAUAACUGGAACUGAACCUUUUCUCUACGAGAAGUAGUAGUUACAGUGAAUGUUCACUUUCCCUUCCUUUAGCUCUAAUAAGCCUGACCAGUUGCCACCGAGUAGCUCUGCUCAAGAUGCAAGUUCUAAUCUCUCCAUGACUGCUUGCGAUGCUAUUGACCUAAUGCAGUGACAAGCGACACAUUGUCCGCAGUGAACUUUCCCCAGGACUUCUAGAUCUAUAGUAGAGGGUAAGAACCCUCUUUAUAAGAACCACUCAUUUGCUGCGCGUGCGUUGUUAACAUUUUUAUGUUCUGGGUAAAAAUGAAAUGCUCUUUGCUCCGCAUGCUUGUCAUACUAAUCUAUAGUUCAUCUUGAAAUGUGUUUUCUAGGAUUUCCUUUUCAGCGUGGUCGUCGCCACAUGCCACAUAUUCCAUCCUUAGGCUACUCUCACUGUCAUGCCAUUCAUUUCAAACCGUUUGUGUUUUACCCCGACAAACUCAUUCAAGUGCAGAUAACUGUGAAUCAUAUGGAUACCAGUGACAAAUCGUAUGUCCAUGACGCGGCAGUAUCGUGGGUUGAAAAUGUGAAUAACGACGGAUUCACUGCCUGUGUGAUGGCUGCAGGAUAUAACGAACGAAAGUCGUAUGCUAACGUGACAGUUGAUUGGAUGGCGUACCAAGGUGCUCCAGUGGGUGGCGUGACUGGUGAAGUGCGCAUGUCACAGUGGUGGACUGGUACGACUUGUGCGACUGUCAUGUUUCCUACAGUGAGUGGCCUUUGUUGGGUUUUCUUGUCCUUUCCAUUCUUUUCAAGAUCAUAUAUAACUUUUGAAACGCCUCACUUCUACUGAGGUCACUCAGUUAAUAUUUAAUAUGCAUUAGUAAUGAUUUGUCGUUUUAGUGCAGCCGUACACUUAUUACCAAUAGUCGAACAAUGUCAUGGUAGUACAAAUUAUUCUUUUACCAAUUUCCAGCUUAUCACAAAUGUCAUGGGUUCCUUUUUGCAAAAAUAAGAAAUUGAUUGCUGUUCGUGGCUUUCUAAAAGUUAAGAGUUGCCUAACUCGGAUUUAUUUUUCAGGGAAACCUCUCUGUGAUACCGUCGGUAUUUGUGACUGCCAAGCAUUACAAUCCAGGAUUAAAACGUGACGCAGCAAGCGUAUGGAUUGAAGAUGUCACACAAUCAUCCUGCAAAGUUUGCUUGAGAGAAUUGCAAAACUACGCUGGAUCACACCAAGACGUUGUUGUUGUAAGUCACGCUCGGCUUAUCUCAUGGAAUCGAACGAACAGCGUUUUUCGUUUAAAACUAAGUGCAGUGGACUGGUAUCUUUCUCCAUCUCUUCUUUUCGCUUUUUUACGCUUCCAGCAGUUGGUCCAGGGAUGCACGAUUUCUUGCUUGAAAUUAGUUCCUUCCAUUUGUUUCCUCUUCAUCCGGCUUUGUCAACCCAAUCAUGUUAUUGCUUUCUUGUAACCUAAGAUGUCGGUGGCUGCUUUAUAUAAACCUUCUUGAUAGAUUAUCAUUUUAUUUUUGACGUUGACACAAUCUUUUGGUAGUUAGGACGUGAGACUGAAAAAGAAUUCUUUCAUUUUAUUGUUAUUUCUUUAUUUCUUUAUUUACUUUAUUUCAGAAUUGGUUAUUGUUUUCAUAUCUUGACGAGCCUCCCUUCUCAGAACACAAGUCCAUUUACUUUUCGAAUGAUAAAUCUCCCGCGCAGAGUCAUUAUAAUGCCUUCUGCAAGGUCAGUAUUCCAGUCCUUUCAUUAGCCUUUCGGGUUUCAAUUCCCGUCACAGUGCAGUUAAUUUUAUUGAAUAAAUUUACAAUCAGAUAGCAAAAGGAAACAGUCCCCCUAUCAUGUCUCUAGUGAUGGUAGUUGCAUUUAAUCAGUUUAGCAGGCUGCCUGUCAUCUUUCAGUGAAUAUUUAAAAUGAAAAUGAAAUAUAGAUUAUAAAUGUCCUAAUGUGGAACAAGUCUUUACCUUUUUACAAAUGUCAGAGACUGAAUUUUUACAAUUAUGUAGUUUCUUUUCACAGGACGCUACUUUUACUAAAGUUUAUAACUCAACUCCACACGUCUUUGUUUCUGCCAAUCAUUCCACCAAAAAUGGAAGUCAGAGUCCAAUUCACAACAGCAUAGCUGAGUGGGUAGAGGUAUGUUUUUAUUUAUUUAUUUGUUUACUUUUUCAUUUAUUUUAUGAAUUUCUGUAACAUACCGCUUGCAACCACACUUACUUGUGUUGUGUGCAUGUUUAAAAAGCUUAUGAAAAUACGAAUGACUGUAAUUAACACUCUCUAUUUUACAAUACAGAUAGCGUCCUAUUGAGUCAGUAUAACCGCAGCUUAUAAAAAACCAAACGUGCGAAAAACAGCACAAAAGUUAAAUUUUCUCCGUUUAACUAACGAUCAGGAAUAACCCUAGUAAAAUAGCCAUGAAUUAUGGAAAGUUGUUAAAAUUGUGUUUUAAAAAAAGCUGUGUAGCCGUAUAGCAGAAGGUAAGCCGCUGUUUUGUUUUUCCGGUAAACAAAUGUUGUCAACAAAAAGCAAUGAGAAAACUAAAAUUGACUUUAAGCAAGAGAGAAUGAGCUAAGAGAGCGAAUCCCUGUGUCCCAUGAUGAUUAUUUGAAAUCCGUUGAAAGUUCGCACGCGCGCGAUGAAGGUUAUCUUUAUCUGCUGUUUACGUGACCCACGCGGUCUACUUUCCGGUGAACGCGGCAUAUUUCGCCUCCAAACAUUUGAAGUUUGACAGCAGUUAUAGCAAUUAUCGCAUGAAAGGUUUAAGUUGUUGACAUGUAAUAACGCACACCCAACUGUCCUCUUUCCUUUGGAAGCCCUGUCAUGCAAACUUGUUGAACAGGGUUGAUCACUUCUUAACAUGCGUCAAACUGAGAAAUAUGGAAAGGCUUCUAGACAAGACCUACCUGAACUGUUCUAUAGUAUUUUUCUACUAGCAAGGGAGAAAAAACUCCGUCAGCCUUCUGUGUGAACUACUGAAUGAGCUGAUAAACAUCCCUUUCUUGCAGUACAUCAACAAGACAGGUUUUCGUGCUUGUGUCAAAGAAUUAUAUGAAGCAAAAUAUGACCCAGUGUCAGUAACGUACACAGUUUUGUCAGGUAAGAGCUCUACUGCUACAAAACUAAUAAACUUCAGUACUUACCAGCUUUCUGAAUAACAAAAAAGGAAUACAAGCAAUACACAAAAGGAAUGCACAAAAACUGAAGGAAAUCGAAAAUUGCAUUCGGGUGGUGAUGAAAACAACGUUCAUCCCUUUUUCCAAAUACAUAUUAAUGUGAGUGCUUUAUAAUGCUUGCAGAUGGUUUUGUCUUAUGUAUCGCCUUCCGGUUGUGUCCCGAACAAAACGCUUCUGUUUUUCCAUUUCCCUUUUUCAUCGCAAAAAAAAAACGGAAAUAACAAAACUGUUCGAAGUACAUAACUGCACCUAAAGCUAUACAUUUUAAGCAAUAUCAUUAUGCAGUUUACUAAUUCGUACUUUGUAUACGCGCAGACAUCUGUCCAUCUGGAUGGGAUUACUUCAAUGGAUACUGCUAUUUAACAAGCUCUGUAUGCGCACCUUGGGUGACUGCUGUGUCCAACUGUUCAACCAUGAACUCACAUCUGGUAACAGUGCACAACCAAGAAGAAAAUGUCUACAUUCAGAACCGUCAUAAUGGAGAGCGAUCAUGGAUUGGACUUAAUGACCGAAGUGUUGAGGGAUCAUUUGUCUGGACAAACAAGGAAAUAACCAGUUUUCGGUUCUGGGCUCCGCAACAACCAAACAACUGGAAAAACGAAGACUGUGUUCACACUCUGGGUGCCAAUAAUGGCUACACUUGGAACGAUGUGUCCUGCGAUAAC